ACUUUCUUUGAAGCACACCUUUGACCAACACCACCUAUGCACCCUUAUAUAUAAAGCCUCGUACAACUUGAUCAUUUUAUAACUUUAUCCAUUAUAGCAUUCUAGUUACACCUAAACAAAAAACAAACACAAACACAAACACCCUUUUUGUUAUUGUUUGAAAUAGUUUCAACAAAAACAAAGGUUAUGAUGAAGAACAAAAGGAUAAACAAAAGGGAUAAAAAAGAGAUCAAAGUAACAUAUAUUUCAAGUCCCGUGAAGGUGAAGACUAAUGCUUCAAAUUUUAGAGCUCUUGUGCAAGAGCUAACUGGCCAAGACUCUAAUGUUGCGGAAAUUACAACUAUGCCCUUGGAAGAAAAAGAUUGUGUUAUUGAUGAGAGAAUAUUGGAUAAGGGUGCUUCUUCAACUAAUCAUAUGCCUCAAGACUAUAAUUUGCAUCAACAUACCUUUUUGAAGGCUGAUUAUAGUGAGUUUCUUUCAAGAUCCUUGGUGGAACCGUUAAGCCAACACCUUCAAUAUGAUUUGUUGAGCUUAGAUAUGUCCUAAGGUUUUAUUAUUAAUUCUAUACAUAUAAUUAUUUUAUAUGAAAUUAUAUUUGCUUUUUAGUAUGCUUUUUUGGUAGUACCUUACUUAUUUAUGCAUAAUUAAUUAUUGAAAUAUUAUAGCUCUGAUGUAAAAAAGUAUCCAAACUCAUUCCUAACGGUGUUGAAAUUGACAGAUCAAA